UGCCAGAAAGAAUAAAAAUUGAAGAGGUUGCAAUAUCCACUCAUAUAUUCAUAGUCGGUGAAAAACAAGCCAUGUGUCUACCUAGAAUUUCGACAAAACGUUUCAAGCAAAUUAACGCGUAUACGAAAAAACAGAAAAUAUGUACGUAUGUGUUUUACACAGCACAACGACACGCAGACUACGUGCGUGACCGAAAUUUAAAAUGCAUGCAUUCAGUAGAAGAAAUGGAACAGCUCCUCAACUUAACGUACGAGGUACACACAAUUCUAGAUUCACUGCACAUCGAUCACUGGCUUAUGUAUGGGUCUGUAUUUGGCGCAAUUCGUGCACAGGGACCACUUGCCUGGGAUUACGACGUCGAUAUUGGGAUUCGAGGAAUACAGUUUCUAAAGCUAAAAAAGACAGAUAUUUUUGGCGCGUUUAUAACUGCUGGAUUGAGAGUCACAGAUCACGUUGCCCGUAACGGACUAAUAGGAGUAAGCAGACCUGGAUGGAAUCUUGGAGUGGAUGUUUUUACCUUUUAUGACUAUGAUGGGAUAAUGAAAAGACCCGGUUGGGCUUCCUGGUUGCUGUUUGUGAACUACGAAUURCAUCACACGUUUCCAUCUCGUUUGGUGAAGUCACCCCUGCCUGUAACCAAGUUUGGUUUCUUCAAUAUCUCAGUUCCUAGAGAAGGCAACGAGAUCUUAAAAUAUUUGUACAGAUUUGAUUGGUGGAAAGUAGUUAAACCUUUAAGCUGUUGAAAGGAUUUUGCUCCCCUUUUGAACAAUGAAUAUCAAUAAUAAUAAUAAUAAUAAUAAUAAUAAUAAUAAUAAUAAU